AUACAGAUUCCACCGACUGUUGAGCGAAUAUAAAGCAUGGCUCCCUUUGAAAUCAAUCUUCAUAACUUUGAUCAAUUCUUUCACUGCAUAGUUUGCAUUCGUCACUUGUAUUCAACUUAAAAAUGCUAGAAGAUAGUCAGCCAUCAAAGAGUGACGAUUUACGUGAAACUCCAGAAUGGAUUAAUGAAAGUUAUUUCGAAUCGCUGUUGAGGAAGUGUAAAGAUGAUCCAACAAUAAUGGUUCAAUCUGUCAAAGUGAGAUACGCUUUAUCUAAGGGAGAGAAUUAUGCCAGUGUGAUCUACAGGGUACGAGUGGAGUUUCAUGAUAACGAAAAACUAUCAAAAACCUACAGCUACAUAAUCAAAGGGUUAUCAGAGACUCCGUUGGCGAAGCAAAAGCUUGGUGAACAUGAUGUCCACCGGAAUGAAAUGGAUGUAUACCAAUUUAUCAUUCCUGAAUUCCGAAUACUGAUGAAAUCCAUCGAUGAUCAUUCGCAGCUUUAUCCAAAUCCUCUAUUUGUAGACCGAAUCAAUGACGUCAUUAUUCUAAGUGACGUUACAGAACAGGGCUAUGUGAUGGUAGACAGGACGCUUGGAUUGGAUGGAGCCCACGCGAGAAUGUCCAUCAAAGCUAUUGCCAAAUUACAUGCCAGUUCUGUUAAACUAUCUGAGAGUGAUCCGACGAUAUUUGAUCGAUAUACUACCGGGUUAUGGACUCGACAAACAGAUGCCUUUCAUGGGUUCUUCCAGUCUGCUUUUGAUGCCCUUACGGACGAAAUUUACUCUUGGGGCCCGGAAUGGCAUUACUAUGCAGACAAAAUGCGGAAUCUACAACCCUAUUUUAUCGAGCAAACACUGUCCGUUGUAGACAACGAAUGCGAUGAUGAUUUGCGCGUAUUCUUGCAUGGAGAUAUGUGGACCAACAAUCUGAUGUUCAAAUACGAUGCAGAAGGCGUUCCAAUAGAUGUGAUAAUCCUUGAUUUUCAAUUCUGCUGUCAUGCUACUCCCGCUAUCGACUUAUUCUACUUCUUUUUUGCGUCUACCAGUGAUGAAAUUCGUCAAAACUGCUUGGAUGAGUACAUGCAUUACUAUUACUGUAACUUGAUAAAAUAUGCGAAACGCUUAAACUGCACAAAGCAAUUGCCAACCUUGCAUCAAUUUCAAAGGCAACUUUUGCGAAAGAUGUUCUACUCAAUAUACGCCAGCGUUGUCGCUCUACCGGUACAGAUGAAUCAGGAACCGGACGCUGAUUUUGAUGCAUUAGUGGCCGGAGACGAACGGUCCAGGAAAUUCAAGAAGGCGAUUAUGUCCAACAAAAAGUAUCACAAGAUCAUUCGAGGAUUACUGCCUAUGUUUGAUCGGAAAGGCCUACUGGACAAACUUGAAUGACAGCGCUAUUAUUCCACAUAGUGAUUUAUUGUAUAUUUUUUCAUGCUUUGUUUUGAACAUCAUCUGGAGGUUUAUGUUUCACCUAAUAUACAAAUCAAAUAAUACUCCCAAUAUAAUAUAAUUAAUGACUAUAAAUAAAACUCUUAUUAUUUUUGUUGUAUAUUAAGCCUAUUGUAAAUAACAAUUGCAUUGGUUCUAUUUCCACCCAGAUAACACAAAAUCGUAUAUGAUGCCACAUAAGUGAAUGGACACUCCUUCAACAAAUAUUUAAUAAAAAAAUAAAAUAAAAUA